UUUUAUUUGAUCGUUCAUAUCUGACUCUAAUAUUGUGUUGAACGCGUCUAAUGGCUCAAAUUCAUCUAAACUGACCAGAUUACUGGGAUUUAUUGAACGAGUCUUUGAACCUCAUUAAUUGCGACAGUCCGAUCGAUUACGUCUCUCCUUUAAUUUAUUCUGGAAGAAUAUCUCUCAGAGCUUGUUUUAUCUGAGUCUGUCUGUGUUUCCACAGGGAUGUUGUCGAUUACCAUCGUUUUACUGGUGAAUCUCCUCAUAGAGACUUCUGUGUCAUUCACUGUAGUGGUUCCUGGUGAUCCUGUACUGGCUCAUGUGGGAUCCAGAGUGAUUCUGUCCUGCUGGAUCAAUCCUCCUGAGAAUGCUGAAGGUCUGGAGAUCCGCUGGUACCGUCAGAAUCAGUUCGACAACCCUGUUCUCCUCUAUAAUCAUGGGAAGAUCCAGAACAUCCAGGAAUGUUACAGGAACCGAACGUCUUUGACUCCGCGUUCAGAUCAGUCAGGUGGACUGAAGGAUGGAGACGUCUCUCUACGGCUGGAGAAACUCACAUUUCAGGAUGAAGGUUCAUUUCACUGUUAUGUGAGUGGAGGCACAGCAUAUGAUGGUGAAGCAGUGGAGCUCAAAAUCACUGAUUCAUCAGGUUCCUGGAAGGCUCUUUUCUUCACCCUUCUCAUUCUUCUCCUUUGUUUGAUUCUGGGUUUGGUUUGGUUGAUCCACAAAUACAGACAAAAAUUAACAGGGAAGAAAGCAGCAGGUAAAAUUGUGGGAGACAUAAAUAUAGAGGAACUGAGGAAACAUGCAGUUGAGAUCACUAUUGACCGUGAACAUUCACAUCCAGAUCUACUGGUUUCUAAGGACUGUAAAAUCAUAAGGUACAAUGCAGGAUAUGAUCACACUGGAGAGGGAUUUCCAUAUGAAUUAUGUGCAUUUGGAGCACAAAGAUUCACCUCUGGUUGUCACUAUUGGGAGGUAGAGCUGGCACAAAAAAAUACCCCUCCUAAAAACUACUGGUUAAUUGGUGUGGUGAAGGAGGGAACUUUUACUUCAAGAGACAGAUCUGCUUUAACUCCAUCAAGUGGUUACUGGUUCUUGUGUUCAGACGGUCCUAAUGGUUUUCACACCAACACUGACCAAUCAGUCACAUUCUCACUGACACCGAGACCUGAACGACUGGGAGUUCUGUUAGAUUAUGAUAACGGUCAGCUGUCAUUUUACAAUGUCAGUAAGAGUAAACAUCUCCUGACCAUCAGCGCCACAUUCUCUGGAUCAGUCGUUCCUCUGUUCAAUCCUGGUGUGGCUGAUCAGACUCCACUGAAAAUCCUGGAUUGUCCAAAACCUGUAGAAUCAGCUGUAGAGUCCAGUCAACCUUUACUGACUAAUAACAGCUCAAAUGCCUGAAAAGUCAAUUAAAUUGAACAAAUUCUACUGAAUGAGGCAAAUAACAUUAAGUUCUGGCCUCCACCUGAUCAACUGAGAUCUCAAAUGCUUAAGUUUAUACACAAACCUGUGUACUGAUCAAUCAUUUAAACAUAUUAUUUUGUAUUACAAAUGUUGAUAGCUCUAAUGACAAAUUCCCUGUGAUGUUCCUCAUUUGGAAAAAAGUCUCUGCUAAUUGAAAGUGUCUGUAAAUGCUCACCCUAAUGGGACAGGGCUAAAAGACCUAGAAGAAUAAGGUGCCUCAGCCAAAUACUUCGAUUUUUCGUUGUACUUCGGGUCUUAUGUUUCUUUUCUAAA